AUGUGCAAGAACUUGGCAGCAAUGGGGCCUGGAGCUUCGCGGGAUGGGGACAGGACUGAAACAACUCCGCGUUCAGCACUGGGCUCUGGAGUUGGCCUGCACGCCUACGACAUUGCGGUGGUGGUCAUCUACUUUGUCUUCGUCAUCGCCGUGGGGAUCUGGUCGUCCAUCCGUGCAAGCCGAGGGACCAUUGGUGGCUAUUUCCUGGCGGGGAGGUCCAUGAGCUGGUGGCCAAUUGGAGCAUCUCUGAUGUCCAGCAACGUGGGCAGUGGCUUGUUCAUCGGCCUGGCUGGGACUGGGGCUGCUGGAGGCCUUGCUGUGGGUGGCUUCGAGUGGAAUGUAAGGAAGCUUGCCUGGCUGCUCCAGGAUAAUGAGAGUCUGAUCCACCUUGCCCUAAAUGCUGUCUUCUCCCCAUUCUCCCAGGCAACCUGGCUGCUCCUGGCCCUCGGCUGGAUCUUCGUCCCUGUGUAUAUCGCAGCUGGUGUGGUCACUAUGCCACAGUACCUGAAGAAGCGAUUCGGAGGCCAGAGGAUCCAGGUGUACAUGUCUGUGUUGUCUCUCAUCCUCUACAUCUUCACCAAGAUAUCAACAGACAUCUUCUCUGGAGCCCUCUUCAUCCAGAUGGCCUUGGGCUGGAAUCUUUAUCUCUCCACCGCGAUCCUGCUGGUGGUGACAGCCAUCUACACCAUUGCAGGGGGCCUCACAGCCGUGAUCUACACAGAUGCUCUGCAGACAGUGAUCAUGGUGGGGGGAGCCCUGGUCCUCAUGUUUCUGGGCUUUCGAGAGGUGGGCUGGUACCCAGGCCUGGAGCAGCGGUACAGGCAGGCUAUCCCUAAUGCCACAGUCCCCAACACCACCUGCCACCUCCCACGGCCCGAUGCCUUCCACAUGUUUCGGGACCCUGUGAGUGGGGACAUCCCUUGGCCAGGUCUCAUUUUCGGGCUCACCGUGCUGGCCACCUGGUGCUGGUGCACAGAUCAGGUCAUUGUGCAGAGGUCUCUCUCCGCCAAGAGUCUGUCCCAUGCCAAGGGCGGCUCCGUGCUGGGGGGCUACCUGAAGAUCCUCCCCAUGUUCUUCAUCGUCAUGCCUGGCAUGGUCAGUCGGGCCCUGUUCCCAGAUGAGGUGGGCUGUGUGGACCCCAGCGUCUGCCAGAGAGUCUGCGGGGCCCGAGUGGGAUGUUCCAACAUCGCCUACCCCAAGCUGGUCAUGGCUCUCAUGCCCAUCGGUCUGCGGGGCCUGAUGAUCGCCGUGAUCAUGGCCGCCCUCAUGAGCUCACUCACCUCCAUCUUCAACAGCAGCAGCACCCUGUUUGCCAUUGACGUGUGGCAGCACUUUCGCAGGAAGGCGACAGAGCAGGAGCUGAUGGUGGUGGGCAGAGUGUUUGUGGUGUUCCUCGUCGUCAUCAGCAUCCUCUGGAUCCCCAUCAUCCAAAGCUCCAACAGUGGGCAGCUCUUUGACUACAUCCAGUCUGUCACCAGCUAUCUGGCCCCGCCCAUCACUGCCCUCUUCCUUCUGGCCAUCUUCUGCAAGAGGGUCACAGAGCCUGGAGCCUUCUGGGGCCUCAUGUUUGGCCUGGGAGUGGGGCUUCUGCGCAUGAUCCUGGAGUUCUCCUACCCAGCCCCAGCCUGUGGGGAGGCAGACCAGAGGCCGGCCGUGCUGAAGGAUUUCCACUACCUGUACUUUGCACUCCUCCUCUGCGGGCUCACUGCCAUCAUCAUCGUGACCGUCAGCCUCUGUACAACCCCCAUCCCUGAGGAAAAGCUUGCUCGCCUGACAUGGUGGACAAGAAAUUGCCCCCGCUCUGACCUGGAGAAGGAGACUUACGAGAGCUCGCUGGACAUAUCAGAGAGGCCAGUCGGGGAGUGCCCUGCAGGAGACAGAGUAGCAGAGAACUCCAGCCAGGGUCCGGAGCAGCCUGGAGCCUCAUGCAGGUUCUGGGGAAAGCAGCUCUGGGGCUGGUUCUGUGGACUCUCUGGGGCCCCAGAGCAGGCCUUGAGCCCGGCAGAAAAGGCUGUUCUAGAACAGAAGCUGACCAGCAUCGAGGAGGAGCCACUCUGGAGAAGUGUCUGCAACAUCAAUGCUGUCCUCUUGCUGGCCAUCAAUGUCUUCCUCUGGGGCUAUUUUGCGUGACCCCACAGACCAGGCUUCAAUGGAGACAAUUACACACAGCCCAAGCCUG